AUGACUCCUCACAACACCUGCCACGGCUACUUCUGGGCCGGGACACCAACAUCACAUCCAUAAAGAAUUUUAAAAUCAGUAUAUUUGAUGCAAUCCUCUGUUAAAAACGGCGCUGAGAACUGAUAGGGGGACCAUGGACUUCUAGGAGGGAUUUUUUUAUUUUAAUUGGCCGCAAAUAUCUGCUUCCAGGAGUGAAAUUUCGUAGUUUAGUCAGCUGAUUAGAAUUACCAAGAAAGCAGAUGGCACACCAAGUGUUCGACAAAAUUUCUGUUAGUCGUGACCGUGUAUAUUUAUUCGUUAAUAGCUGCAAUGCCUAACUUCUUAUUAUUAUUAGUUUUUUGGGACUACUAAUGGACUGUAAAUUUUUGUCGAUGAGCCUGUAUUCCAUAUCGCCAUGGGGCAGUAAGUUAUCAAAGAAGAGAAGUGGGAUAACUAUAACUACAAUGACAUAUUCAAAGAAAAAAACACACUACAGAAAGCUGCCCAAAAACCUUCGUUCUCCAAGACGAUCCAAGCUUCCUCCCGACUUUGGGGUUAACUUAUUCCUGAAAAAGCCAAGCAGUGGCGUCGACAACUCGCAAAUGAAUUCAAUUGUAGACGACGAUGGCGAUUUAACUGAAGAAGAAGGUGAGGAACAGGAGCAACUUGGUGAUAUUGUUUGGGAAUCAGAUGAAAUUGAAGCAAUAUCAUCUCUUUUUCAAGGAAGGAUUCCUCAAAAGCCUGGAAAAUUGAAUAGAGAAAGACCUCUACCGCAUCCGCUUCCUUACAAACUAAGACCUCUGGGACUCCCUACUCCAAAGAGACGCAUGAAAAAUGCUUCUCCAUUGGUAUACUCUUCUCGAGCAUCUACAUGUGAGCAAGUUUACAAAAAUCCAAGAUUUCUCAUCAGUUUAGCCAAGCAGAUCAAAUGCCUCAAUCCAGAUCAAGAUGCUUCCUUUAUUUUAGACGAUUAUACUCGUUUCUUGCGUAAGGGGUCCUUGUCGCUAACAAUUCGAGAAUUGGGUCAUAUGGGACUUCCUGAACGAGCUCUGCAGACCUUCUGUUGGGCUCAGAAACAACCCCAGCUUUUCCCUGAUGAUCGGAUCUUAGCUUCCACUGUUGAGCUCUUGGCCAGAAGUCAAGACUUGAAAGUGUCAUUUGACUUUCAGAAGUUUACUGGUUUGGCAAGUCGUGGUGUGAUUGAAGCUAUGGUUAGAGGUUUCAUUAGAGGUAGAAGUUUACACCUAGCUUGGGAACUUCUGUUAGCUGCCAAGCAUGAUAAUAGAAUGUUAGACCCCAGCGUGUAUGCUAAGUUGAUAUUGGAGCUUGGAAAGAACCCGGAUAAGCACAUAAUUGUUUCACAGUUGCUGGAUGAUCUUAGCGAAAGAGAAGAUUUGAGCUUAAGCCAUCAGGAUUGUACUGCUAUAAUGAAAGUUUGCAUUAGGCUUAAAAAAUUUGAGUUAGUAGAGACACUAUUUGGUUGGUUUAAACAAUCCGGACGUGAGCUAAGCGUGGUUAUGUACACUACUUUGAUUCAUAGUCGUUAUUCUGAGAAGAAAUACAGGGAGGCUUUAGCUGUGGUUUGGGAAAUGGAGGGCUCAAAUUGCCUCUUUGAUCUCCCUGCUUAUCGUGUUGUUAUAAAGCUUUUUGUUGCUUUGAAUGAUCUCUCAAGGGCUGCAAGAUAUUUUUCAAAACUGAAGGAAGCAGGUUUCUCUCCAACUUACGACAUAUAUAAAGACCUGAUUACAGUUUACAUGGCUUCUGGGAGGCUGGCAAAGUGUAAAGAGAUCAGGAGGGAAGUAGAGAUGGCUGGAUUCAAGUUGGACAAACAAAUGACCUCGGCUUUAUUACAACUUGAAAGAGAAUCAAGGUGAAAAAAAACCAGAAUAUUAAAAUCUCGCUUGUUUUAGAAACAAGAGGCCGCCGCUUGUCAGAGAGCGAUGCUUAUCCAUUUGAAAUUCUACUAACGUUUUCUUAUACGAAA